GGAAGUCAGUCAUAGAGUCGCGGGGCCAGAGCGGCCCGGUGGGGAGGUGGCAGGAAAGGCUCGGAACAGCUGCCGGAGGUGACGGAGCUGCGGCCCCGCCUGGCGCGCUGGAAGAAGAAGCUUCCAGGUAGCGGCCCGCACAGUCUGACCCAGGCUCCAGACACCGGGAGCCCGGGUGCCCCCACUCAGCCAUGAGUGCCGAGGUGAAGGUGACAGGGCAGAACCAGGAGCAGUUCCUGCUCCUGGCCAAGUCAGCCAAGGGGGCAGCGCUGGCCACCCUCAUCCACCAGGUGCUGGAGGCCCCUGGUGUCUACGUGUUUGGGGAACUGCUGGAUAUGCCCAAUGUCAGAGAGCUGGCCGAGAGUGAUUUCGCCUCCACAUUCCGGCUCCUCACAGUGUUUGCGUACGGGACAUACUCAGACUACCUCGCCGAGGCCCGGAAUCUUCCCCCGCUCACAGAAGCUCAGAAGAAUAAGCUUCGGCACCUGUCAGUCGUCACUCUGGCUGCCAAAGUCAAGUGUAUCCCCUACGCUGUGCUGCUGGAGGCGCUGGCGCUGCGCAACGUGCGGCAGCUGGAGGACCUGGUCAUCGAGGCCGUGUACGCCGACGUGCUGCGGGGCUCGCUGGACCAGCGCAACCAGCGGCUGGAGGUGGACUACAGCAUCGGGCGGGACAUCCAGCGCCAGGACCUCAGUGCCAUCGCGCGGACCCUGCAGGAGUGGUGUGUGGGCUGUGAGGUGGUGCUGUCGGGCAUCGAGGAGCAGGUGAGCCGCGCCAACCAGCAGAAGGAGCAGCAGCUGGGCCUGAAGCAGCAGAUCGAGAGCGAGGUCGCCAACCUUAAGAAGACCAUUAAAGUGACGACGGCCGCCGCCGCCGCCGCCACCUCUCAGGACCCCGAGCAGCACCUGACGGAGCUGCGGGAACCGGCCCCCGGCACCAGCCAGCGGCAGCCCAGCAAGAAGGCGUCCAAGGGCAAGGGGCUCCGUGGGAGCGCCAAGAUCUGGUCCAAGUCGAACUGAAGAGACUGUGGUUUCCGCCGUGGGCAUCUGGGCUUCCACCCGCCGGCCCGCCCCCCCAGGAGCCCGCCGAGGGCCUUCCUGUGCCCCUGGUCAGCUGAUAAUUCUCCGUUCCUGCCCCACCGCCUCCCUCCUCUCCCCACCCCAAGCGUAGACAGGAGACGAGUACAAGUCAUGCUUGUGUUGGCACCUGCCGUUGGACGCGACUCUCUUAUUUGCCCCCCCCUGCCCGCCCCCUCCUGCUCCCCGCCACCCUCUCCCCCUGCUACUCAGGCCAUCGAGUAGGUGGGGCUGCCCUGUCGCCCUGGCAGCCUCCCCCCACCCCGCAUGCCUCGCCUCCGACCCACUCCAGCCCCCGGCUUGUCUAGGCAGCCUCUCGGGAGCCAGCCGGUGCCCCCUGGGCACCCACCCCGAGUCCUGGGACCGGCUCUGCCACCCUCGGAGCCCAGAGUCCUUCCCGAGACAGUUCUGGCCUUCCUUGGCUCUCCCCUCCCAUCCGGCCCUGGGCGCCGCCCCCCGCUCCCCUCCCUGGGAAGGGCCCUGUCUCUUGAGGUUGCCAAGAGAUGGUUCUUUCUUGGCCCCUGCUAGCCUGAAAAAGCCCGAUGGCAAUCACGGAAGGGCUUCUCUCGACUUCCUUGGGUGAAUUGGAAGGGGAAAGGAAGGGGAACGAGGAUUGUAUUAAAAAAAGAAAAGCAAAGUAUAUAUACAUAAGCCUAUAUAUAUAACGUGAGACAGAAAUAAAUCUAUGAGACGUCUAUCUGCAA